AUGAUGCACAGUUGCGAUCCAGUGCCGGCGGCGGCGCCACCGGCGUCUGGGCCCAAUCUCCUCCUGCAGCUAGGCCGACUUAUAGUCCGGUCUCGAAGCACUAGCCCCGCAACUCGCGCCCCGCCACACGACCGACUCAUCCACGCCAAACUACUGGCUGCUAACCCUUCUACUAGUACACAGGUCCAGACUCAACCGAAACCAGCAGAAAAUGAGGAACCGAAACCAGCAGUCGAAGCCAAGCUGAACACUCGCGUACAGGCGCUCUGGGAUGAGCAGAUACCUGUUUGUAUCGAGGUGUUGCUAGCUCCAGACUGCCAGGACUGUUACUCCUCAUUAUGCCGCGACGGAGACUCCUUCGAGAAACACGCGCAUCGCGCACUCCUCCUCGAGAGAUGGACCAUGAGCGCCUGUGUCAAGAAGGGGGAUCAAAGCCCAGCGUUCAGUACUUCGCAAUGGCUGCUGAACGCCGUGAGGUCGCAGCUUCACUUCUCCCAGCUGUCAGCCUGGCUCGCAAGACUUAAGAACACAGAUGAAAGUCCCACCGAACGCAGACGCAAGUUAAGCCGCGAGUCCUGCAACUAUAAGAAGGUGGAAGCGAACUGUGAUGAUGACCAAUCUGAUCGCAAACUCAACGUCGUUUACUCCAUACACGUAUCUCGAGACAGCUACAAAAAGUCCGACUUCGUCCGACCCCCAAAUGACCAUAAAUUCCCCGUCACCGACAUUGGCAACAAUAUGUACCUCAACAUUAUAUUACAGAGUCUGCCCAGACUCGAUGAUAUCCCACAAAUCAAAUGCACCUGCCCAAAACGGAAAACUAGCAAGGACACACCGCCCAACAUCCACGACGAAAUUGUCGGCAAACUCAAUGAUCUCACUAUAGGUAGUAAGUUCGAUAACCCAAACGUGGUCGACGACAGGAUGCUGACGCCGUGCAGCGAGAAUGGAAAACACAAAUGCAACUGCGACGACGAAUCAGAUGGCAACCGACCCAAGAAACUCGACGACAAACGGCUCAAGGAAAUCGCUAAAUACAAGAGACGGAUCCGAAAAGAAUCCAAGAUCAAGAAGCUACAUGAUAGUACUUCGUCUGAAGGGGAUGGGCUACAGAGAGCGAAAGAAACGCACACGUCCAUACCCAUUCUACAAGCUUCGAGAUUCGACAGGUUUAGGGCCAUCGGGUGCUACAGGAACCAAACUUAUCUGACACUGCCAGCCACCAGGAUCGAAACCAAGUCACCAUUCAUCGACACUGACAUACCACCACCAGCUGAGUUCAAAAAAACCAACACAGUCUCCACACAGACUGAGGAACUGUCCUGCCAGUGCGGGAACCUCCUGCAGAUGACUUGUGACACAUGUAGUGACCGGGGCAUGGUCAGGUCGGAGGGCAAUUACAACCUGGCGUCCGUCGACAACCCACAGAGCGUGCAAGAAGACGAAAAGAAGAUAAAGAAGCAUAAAUGUGAUAAAUAUUGUGAUAAUAAUCAUAGUAUUAGUGAUAAUAGUGACAUUAUAAAGAGACCUAAACUGCGUAGGUUCUUCCCUAUAGUUGACAAAAUCGAGAAAAUCGUGACGGAUAGAUUCGCGCAGAAGGACAACGAUAUGCAGGAGCUGCAGUUGGAUAAGGAGGACACGGUGUUCUCCCGUCCGAGGGAGUCCAAGAGGCAGAAGACUUAUUCAAUAAACGAUGACGAUUAUGUGUUUUAUGAGAAGUGUGACUACGGGACCUUCGACCGGGUGGAGAACCCUGAGGAGUCGCCUAAGGAGGAGUCCCCCCCUGAGGUCUCUGACAAGGGGUUCAAGUUCCCUGAUCCGAAGAAACAGGACAAUCAAGUGCCGUCCCCGACUGAGAUGGAUAGGUUUCGGUGGCGCUUCGAUUCUGCAGCUUCUAUGGUGUUUCAUACGAAGACUGGUCUGCCGUUGACCUCCAGCCCCGCGCCGCUUCGCAGGGGGAACAACUGCUUCGAUUUCGAUGACUCGAUUAAUGGCAUCUCUGGGAUCAAGAGCGCACUGUUUCACCCGCCCCCCGCGGUGGAGUCCCCCGCGCCGGAGUCCCCCGUCAGCGCAGCGCCCCCUCCCCCACCAGCGCCCGCACAGUCCAAGAUUAAAAUGCGGCCUAGCACUGGAUUACUCGGUAGUUUCGAAGAGUCAGCUUUGAAGGGUCGUUUAGAACCCGUAGCGACGGUGCACGGGUUUACAGCGGAGCUGGGGGCGUACGGGUCAUUCUGUCCCCCGCACAAACGUCUCCCUGUUACCGUGUUUUUCUACGCACCCGGGGGCACCAAUGCGCCUUAUAUGGGCCACAUAAACCUGGGGUCCCGCGGGUACCGCGUGGCGAGGUCGGGGACGGUGCAGGUGUCUCUGUUCAACCCCCACGGCACGCUGGUGAAGAUGUUCGUGGUGCUGUACGACCUGACGCGCAUGCCCCCCCACGCGCGGACCUUCCUGCGCCAGCGCACGCUGUACAUGCCGGCCGCCGCGCCGCCCCCCGCGCCCGCGCACCGCCACCAGUGGCUGCGGUACCUCAUACACCUGCGAUUCAUGACAUCGAAAUCCGGUAAACUGUACCUUCACACGGACAUACGUAUAAUCGUAUCUAGAAAAGCCGAUCUCGAUACGGCGACAGCCCAUUCCGCCUUAUUCCGACCUCUACCGACUAAUUCCGACCCGACUUCGUCCGAGACCGACCCGAAUUCUUCCGACCGUAAACCGAAUCGGGUUUUCGGCGGUUGUUCGGAUUUUGACGACUAUGAAAACCAGAAUGGUGUUUCGUACGAGCUUAGGAGCUUUACCUACGCUCCGGACAAUCCAAAGUAUUCCCCGCGUUAGUUCGGACGAAUUCGGUAAUUUUCGGGUUUUUCCGUCAUUCUCGUAGUUUGGUGGUUGUCGGUAUUCUUUUUGUUUUAGUGCCUGUAUGUAAUGAUUGUUUAACUGUAUGUAUUAAUGAG